GGCAGCCACUGCCUGAAGAGAUAGAUCUGGUGUGUGAUGAGAUCUGGUCCUAGGUGCUCAGGAUUUAGGAUCUAGAUCUUUUGACCUGAGAGUCUCCACCUGAUGAAAUCCUGGAGUAUGAGGGUGAGCCGAGUGUUGCAGGUGUCCACUUUGCUGCUGGUACUCUUUCAGGUCCACCAUGCCCUGCCAACAGACGAUGCCUCCACAUCACAGGAGGCAGGUAUGGUCCCCGUGUCCCAGUUGAGGAUGCUCUCGCUGGGACUGGCUCACCUGCUGCAUGGGGUGGAGGAGAACGCAGAGCAGCUGGAGCAGCAGGGAGAGCAGGUGGCAGCCGACCUGGAUGGGGCCACCAGGAGUCUGGAGAGCCUUCAUAAGCGGAGUUUACAGACAGGACGGACUCACAGGCAGUGUGCUGUCCUCCAGGUGAGGAAGGACCUGCAGAUGGUGAGUGCCAGGGGGGACAGGCAGUGGAGGGUGGUCAAAGAGCUGCAGAAGGGGCUGGAGGAUCUGGAGACAGAGCAGAAAUCCAUGCAGUGCCGGAUGAACAGGAUCCUCCAAACAGUAAAGAGCCUUACCGAACCAAGGUCAAGGGGUCAGAGUCAGCUGGAUAUUAGCUCCAUAAAGGUCAUCAUGGAUAAACAGGCCAAACGGCUUUCCAGUCUGACCUCAAAGGUUUCAGCCCAAGACAGACUGAUCAACAGACGCCUGCAGCGCAUUGAACAUCUGGAGAAACUGCUGUCCCAGCAUAGACGCAGCACUCAGGGCAGAUUCUGACUCCAGCUGUGUCUCGUGAGCACAGCUGCAUCAACACAGACACUCGAAAUGAAUUGAAGCCUCGGUGAAGAGGAUUUUUCAAAGCCUUCAAAAUGAACAGCUCUGAUACUCACAAAAAGCUUCGUCACCAUCAACCAACUUUAGAUAAAUACACAUUUGGGUGACUUUCCAACACAAUCUGUCAAUUACAACAACAAAAAAAUGUGUUACAGUGCAGAUUGAGAUGAAAACUGUUGUGACUACUAGUAUGUGUACUGUCCUCAACAAGACA